AUGACGGCGACGAGGAAUCACGAGACUACGAUCAGCGACGCGUUCGUCGGAACACUGUGCCACAACAAACAACAAAAACAAACACGCACGACACACCGGUGUGCCGCCCGGAUGAGAGACCAGAAGAUUUUUGGAGCGGCGCACGCAGACGCAGGUCGCGAGCUCUCUCUAGCGGACACUCCCCGAACGUUGCGCGCGAAACGAUUUGGAAAAGUCAUCCACCAACAGCACCGAUCUAAUAAUUUAUAA